UGCGCGGCGCCGGCUCCGCCCCCGUCGGGUGUUUGUGGUGGGGCUGCGGAGUCGCCGAUCCCGCCGGAAGCGCCAGGACAAUGGGGACCCGGGACGACGAGUACGACUACCUAUUCAAAGUGGUGCUCAUCGGGGACUCAGGCGUGGGCAAGAGCAACCUGCUGUCACGCUUUACCCGCAACGAGUUCAACCUGGAGAGCAAGAGCACCAUCGGUGUGGAGUUUGCCACCCGCAGCAUCCAGGUGGACGGCAAGACCAUCAAGGCGCAGAUCUGGGACACAGCCGGCCAGGAGCGCUACCGUGCCAUCACUUCUGCGUACUACCGCGGCGCAGUGGGCGCGCUGCUGGUGUAUGACAUCGCCAAGCAUCUUACCUAUGAGAACGUGGAGCGCUGGCUGAAGGAGUUGCGGGACCACGCGGACAGCAACAUUGUCAUCAUGCUGGUGGGCAACAAGAGCGACCUGCGCCACCUGCGAGCCGUGCCCACUGAUGAGGCCCGUGCCUUUGCAGAAAAGAACAACUUGUCCUUCAUUGAGACCUCAGCCUUGGAUUCCACCAACGUAGAGGAAGCAUUCAAGAACAUCCUCACAGAAAUUUACCGCAUUGUGUCGCAGAAGCAAAUCGCCGACCGUGCAGCCCAUGACGAGUCCCCCGGCAACAACGUAGUGGACAUCAGUGUGCCGCCCACCACGGACGGACAGAAACCCAACAAGCUGCAGUGCUGCCAGAACCUGUGACCGCCCUCCGCCACCACCCCAGCGUGCGUGCACGUCCUCAUCCUCAGCCUGCUCCUCACCACGUCCUCCCGCCCCUCUCCCGGUCCUCUGUGACCAGCUCAGUCCCACCCUCCAAGUGAGCUCUGCACGCCAGCCAGAGCCCAAGAAGAGCAGGAGUCGGGUGGCACCUCCCAUCCUGCCCGAGGAAGCCUAGAAGUCCCUGCUUGCUGCACCUGCUCUCCUCGGGUCCCUGUGGGCGUCUUGGCAGGGUGGGGAGGUUGGCAGGAUGGACAGGGCCGGCCGGAGGCAAGGAGGACCAGUGGAUGGAGCCGACUUCUCUUUCCCACAGCAGACUCCAGGGAGCCGUCACCUCCCUCCCGAUCUGGCCAGUUGGCCUCUCAUCCCUACCCAGAACCCCCCUUGGGCUACUGGAAGAGCUUGGCAGCGCAGACUGGGCAGGCAGACGCUCCCAGCUCUCGGCCUCCUGCCUGCUCCUCCUGCACAGCCAGCGCCAGCACGGCACUACCACUCUGGGCGCGCGACUCCAGCUCCCGCCUGUAGAUUUACACUGGGAGGAGACCCUCGCCUUCUCACCCUCCUCUUGCACGCAGCGCGCUCUCCCCCACUGCCCGUCCUCCCUUCUGUCUUGUCUCCCUGUCUGGUCAGGAACCUGUUUGCAAGUGAAGCAAUAUCUCCGUGUUUUGUAUAUACAACCGCUCUUGUAGCCUUUGGUUUUUGUUAUUGUAGAGAAACACAGAUUCUUUAUACACUUUGUAAGAUUUACGCCAAACCCCAGCUCUCGAUCUCUUAUUCUCCCUGUGGCCCCUGCACUGUUGCCCGAUACUAAAUGUAUAAGCCGACUUCCUGUACAGAAACCUGC